GCCAAGCCGGUUUUUUUUUUCUCAAUUUCCCGAGAAAAGGCAAAGACUUCAGCUUCUCUGCAGAGUGAAUCCUAGCUCCCUUAGAAAAAUGCAAGGAGAACGGUACAGGUACAAGAAGCUUGCGAAAGAAGAUUCAGAGAUUCGGCUGCUACACUUGCAUGCUGGGUCUUGGCAGGACCAACUCUCCAGCCACUUGGAACACGUUCAGCUCAGCCAGAACACUAGAUAUGAAGCACUGAGCUACGUCUGGGGAGAUCUAAAUUCAGUCUGUACUAUUCUGUUAGACGACUGCGAGUUCGAGAUAACUAAGAACCUGGGAGCGGCACUACGCCGGCUUCGCAAAGAGAACGAGGAGCGCGUCCUAUGGGUUGAUCAACUUUGCAUUAAUCAGGUCGACGAAGUAGAGAAAUCAACGCAAGUUGCACUGAUGCCCCAGAUAUUUAAGAAUUGUGUUGAAGCAGUGUUUUGGCUGGGGGAGAUCCAGACUACCGCUAAGCCAGGGAUGGAAUGUCCCAUAGACGUUGCUAAUGGGCCGAAUGCACAAGAUGGUAUUGCCGUAGCAUUGGACAUCAUUCGACAACUCGAAAGUGGAGAUCAUCUUCGCGACAUGGCUUGUUUCCAGGUCGUCGAGGACAAGACAAUCACCGUCUCUCCCACCUAUAUGACUGGUCUGGCGACCCUACGUCAAAUCAUGACACUGCCGUAUUGGGAAAGGAUAUGGAUUGUACAAGAAAACAUCCUUCCGAAACGGGGAACGGUGGUUCUCGGGUCGUGCUCAGCACCGUGGACGAGCUUCGCUAACGCUGCGGCAAUGUGGACCAAGCACGUUUGGCAUUGUUGCCGACAGCUUGCAGACUCUCUGCCGCUCGAGGCGAAGGACAUCUUGCUGGAUUUCACGAAGAAAUUAGCACCGCUCAUGACCAUCGCACGAUCCACGAACGGUUCAAAUGUCUGCCUGUUCGAUGUCCUUCAACAGACACGUAACAGAAAGGCUACAAAAGGUUGCGACAAGGUGUUUGCUGUCAUCGGUCUGGUGACCGACUGGCUUGAGGCCGCUCCCAUCCUGCCCGAUUACACACUUGACGAAUUUCAAGUCUACAGCAUGGUCGCAGAGUAUUUCAUCAACUCCAAGCCGAGAUCGCUUCGCUUCCUGAUGGGCAACCAUUUGCGCCGACCGCAAUUCCCGUCGUGGAUGGUGGACUGGGCCGCGGAGGAUCAUUCUCCGUAUCCGUAUGAGCUAGGCUGGGGAGAGAGGUUCUACGGGUUCUACAACGCAUGUCUGGGGCGGCCGGUCGUUGCAAAAAGGCACAGCGCUUCCGUGAUGCUGUUCAACGGCUUCACGGUGGAUGAGGUGCACGCAGUGGGUGAUUCAAUGGAGGUUCAUGACUGGAAAAGCGCGGUUCCUAUUUACGACUCGUGGUACAGACUGACCGAAGUUGACACGCAUCCUGCUAAGCCAUACAUUGCCGGGGGAGAUGUGGAAAAUGCGCUGUGGCGCUGUGUGACUGGCAAUGUUUACGGCGAGACACUGGCACCUACAUAUCGGAAGGCCGUAGCGGAAGAUUUUGCGUUAUACAAGAAGUUCGAACGAGAGAUGAGAGAGGCCAAGGAGGGUCAAUGGAUACUGAGCGAUGAGUUACUUCCGUUUAUGCUGGUGAUACCAGCAUCAGCGAGGAAUAGGCGCCUGUUCAUCACGAAGAGAGGAUACAUUGGAAUGGGUCCGCUUGCGACGCAGGUGGGUGACAUUGUACACGUGCUCCUGGGCAGUCAGAUCCCGUUUGUCAGCCGCAAAUCAGCAGUGUGCCUCGAGGACGAAGUCAAUGAAGUGGAGCUGCCAACAUUCUCAUUUGUGGGCGAAUGCUACGUGCAUGGCGUAAUGGAGGGAGAGAUCAUUCUCGAGGGAAGUUUAGAGCAAGAGACCAUAGCUUUCUGCUGAAGAGAAAUCCACUCGAGUGCUAGAAUUCGUCGCCGUACUCGUCUCAACAAGCCGAAUGUCAACACGUUCGGACGAGGCGUUGUUAGCCAGCAGUGGUUUGAAAUCGGGGACGUCGGACCACG